UAAUUUUUAGUCAUAAUUAGCUCAGAUAUAUUCACAAAAAAUACGUAAUUCAGCAAAACUCGAACUGCAAAAAUCAUUUAUUGUGAUAAUUUUUUCUGAAAUACGCCGAAAAUUGAAAAUUCAACAAGAAACAUUGCUGUCCUAGAUUUCACCUUUCCUUUCAAUCACGGAUUCCAGCGAAAUUUUUUUUCCAAAUUCAUCAAUGUGGCAAUUUUGAGCGAUUUUCCAGUCAAUUUAAGCAUUUUUCGUGAGUGAUGGCGCCCGGAGCGAACAAUCGCAAUACGGGAACGGUGCCGAAACAGACAAAAACUCGCAAUAACAAUGUAGUUCCUCAGGAAAUGGUUGUUCCUACUCGUCGUGAUUUGCAGCAAUUGAACGUGCUUGCUGAUUGGGCUUCUCUCACGACAUCGGGUAACGCAGCGACAAAUAACGCAAAUAACAGCGCAUCCACGAACAAUAACAACUUGCUUGGUCGUAGUAAGCCACAAAAUAACCGUAACGAGAGUAACAAUUGGGACUUGGGAAUCGACACGAACCGAUUCAUACCUGUGAGACCGAUUUUACGAAGAAACAUUCUCAGUGACGAUCAACAACAGCAGCAGCAGCAUCAACAAUCAGAAAAUCAUCAAAUUCAUCAUCAGAUAGCCACAGUUCAUCCAACGACGCCAAAUAUCCAGGCAGGAACAGCGAGUCGUUAUCAGAAAAAUAAUAUUGAGGAACGUUUGAACCAGAUUCAGGAAUAUAUUCGCAUUACAACGUCUUUAAUUGACUCUGUACAAGGCGAACACCAAGGUAGCAAAUUGUACGAAAGUUUACAAAAUUUGAUAAAAACCGAAGCAGCUUUGAAAGAAAUUCAAAAGAAAGAAGAACGUAAAAUGUCGCAAAACCUCUUUAAACCGAUAAAUUCUUCGAGUCUCGACGACGUCACAGUCCACAGCGACAUCGAGAAUGGUGCGAGACCACAAUCAGUCCAGAGCAUUCAUACGAACAGCAGUACGCCUGUCAACACGCCCUCCGCCUCAUCCGUCGACGAUUUGAACAAGAAAUUGGACUUUUCGAGCAGAAACAUGCAAAAUUUGAAGGAGCAACAAGCACAAUUAUUGCGUCUUCAGAGCGCCGCAAAGGAACAAUUGCGUGACAUGGAGCAAAUUCGGAACAGUUACAUCCCGGAUUUCAAUAAUGUCGAGACUGUGGAGCAGGCACAAAGUAACGUCGCGAAUUUAAUGACUCGCAUGAAUGCGAUUCAGCAGUUUAUUCACAACCAAAAUGAACUUUGUUCGUUGUUAGGUGACGAUAGCGGCGACGUGUUGGCGGAACAGGCGGCGUUGCAGAACAAAUUGCGCGAAUUAAAGUCAAAAAAGCAGCAAAUGGAGAAUUUGGUGCACGAAUUGCAGAAUAUGAAUGACGAGGCAACGCAAAAUUUCCAAGCAGCAGCGGAAAAUGACUUGACUCCGACACGCAUGGUAGGCGAUCACGAGCGAAUUGUGCCGAUGGAGAUGACAAAUGUACCGUCGCGCAUCCAACGCCCGCCACAGAACAAAAAUAAACCUGUUGCUGUGAAUCAUUUAUCGACAAAUCAUCAACAAACGGGAGCAGCAGCGGCAAUUAUCAAUAACGGGACUCAAAAUGGCGAUGCUGCGAGUGAUGCCGAAGAUAUGCAAGACCAAGCGGAAGCUGAUAUGGAGAAACAUGACGAAAAAGUGGCACAAGCAAAGUCGGCGUUGGACAAUAAAAUCAGCGAAAUCACAAAAAUGAAGGAACAAUUGAACCGUUUGAAGGAUAUGAUGAACACGGUGAAGUUAAUUGAGCAAAAAACGGGCCCCAUUGAAGACGAUGACGAAGAAGACAAUGCUUCGGAUUCGCGUUCGCCAAGUGUUGACAGCCAAAUAAGUGAAAAUGUCGCUGGAGGACUUUUGCAUACGAAUCACGAUCCGCCCGAACGUGAAAUGGCGGCAAAAGUCAACAAUCAAGAAGCUGAGGAGGAAGGUUCGACAAUUUCCUCUUUGGCGAAUAUGACAAAAGGAUUGGAAGAACAAUCACGAUUAAUUGCGAAAGAACGUGAACGUCUUCGUGUCGCUCAAGCGGAGCUUCGGCGUCGCAAUGAAACACUUGGAGAACAAGUUCAACAAAAGGAAAGCACUCGAUUACCAAGACCCGUGAUUCCUCCUCGUGUUCCAAGCCCCGGACCUGCUGAACGACAACAAAUGAUGCUAAAAGCCGAGUUAGAAGCUCGCAAGAACGAGUUAGAAAAUGUCAGCAAAACAAUGGCGCCCAAGGAAAAACAACAAUUACUGCUCAAAGCAGAGUUGGAGAACAAAAAGAAGGAACUCGAUCACAUCGAACGUCUCAUGGGACAACAAAAACGUCAAGCAGAAGCUGUUCGUGUCAGUGCAUUAAAUGCCGCAAGUCUUCUCAACACACCGCCCGAACCUCCAACUCGUUCGCGAUUCUCCACGCCGCCGCAGCAAGUCCCCCAAGCACAAGUCCCGCAAAAUCCGCCAGCUGGCUCGAAGGAUUCCGCUGAUUCGGGAACGGGAGAUUUGUAUGCGGUGCCCUUGGAUACUGCGAGUUUUCAAUCUGACAGCACACGAAGCAUGCAUGCGAUUCCCCCGAUGCCUGAUUUGACGGCGAGAAUCCCGGCGUGGAAAAGAUCAAUGCCGCCGCAUCAAGAACCCUCGAUCGGUUCGUCAGCGAAUGAUUUUUCGAAUAACUCGCCUUGGUUGCCGGGAUUGCACUUUAAUGGGCCGCCAAGUAGCAAUGCGGGACCCCAAAGUCCUAAUUAUCCGGCGUUUUCGGACCAGUUGUCGUACAAUCCGUUCAACUUUAGCAUGCAGCAGCAACAACAGCAAUAUGCUAAUGCAACGAAUGUAAAUGACCCGCUCAUUAUACAUCAUUUUAUGCAAACACAACAAAUGCUCAUGAACUCAAUUAGUCAGUGUAAUAAUUUGUUGUGGAUACAGCAGCGGGAAAUUAAUUCAUUGAAUAAUGCUGUUUUGUUGCUUCAAGAACGCAUUCUCAACCCAGGAGUAAACAAUUUAUUGCAUCCGCAAGAAAGUAUCGGACUUCAUACAAUUCGAGCUGAAUCCACGCCGCCCCAAAUUAAUCAACCGCCGACUUUCAAUCGUGGUCGAUGUGCAUCCGAGCAACCCCAAAAUCUCCAAAUGCCUUCGUUCAACCCACCCUUCUCGCCGCUGUAUCAACAACAAUCGGCCAAUCAACAGAGCUUCUCGCAACAAGCAUCGUCGUCGACGUCAUCGCAACAGCAAAUCUUCCGCAACAACCAAGCAAUUAACCAAAAUAACCGAAACAUCCGUAACAUGCGUGCAUCCUCUAACCAAACUAACGCCACGUUCUACCAGCAACAGCAACAACACAACACGGAACAAGCAAACUCUUUCAUGAAUCUGAACAAUCACUUUGAAACGAGCGAAAAUGAAGCCAAUUUCUCGUCAAACAUGCGUCAAAACAACAUUACGGCGACACAGAGCAACUUGACGUACCAGAAUUUGGCUUCGUCUGCCUCGACAAAUCACAAUAACAUCAAUUUGUUGAAUAACGUGCAUCACCCGAACAAUGAGACGCUCGCAAAUGGCCAAAUUUUCCCGCCGCAAUCGUGUCAGACGAAUUUCGGGGUGCGACAAGGCACUCCGACCAAUUUGCCGUCACAACAACAACAAGCGACGCCGCAAGCACUCAAUAACCAAGUUCCGCCGGGCAAUCGUGCGAACAAUUAUUGGGACAACUUUAGAAGCUAUUCACGUCAAAAUCUCCUCUCGUCCAAUAACAGUUACAAAAGUAACGAGGAGCAACAUCAAUCUCAGUUGCACCAUCAAAUUAACAAUCCAAAUAUGGAGCGCAUACCGCAGAACAUGACACGCAACAUAAAUACAAACAACAUUCACGAUAAUAAUGCAUCAAAGUACAAUCCGUCGUACAACAACAGAAACAACAAUUCGGCAAAUGCUUUUAUAAACCAAUUAAACGGGACCGCAUCGAUUGUAUUGUCAGACGUUCCGGGUACCAGCAACAAUUACACGUUACAAAAUCAAUUUAUGCAGCAGCAGCAACAACAACAACCACCUGGGCAGCAUCCGCCGCUUAAUCAAAGCAACUCCUUUGACUUGGGCGAACUCGAAUUUCACACAAAUCCCGUCAAUUUGGGCGUUAAUGAGUUCAGUUCGAAGAGCAAAACGUUGCCAAAGGGCAGCGGAAACAAGAAAUAUUCCAUCCCGAUCCGGAAUCGCGAUCACAAUAGUUUGCAGCUAGAGGGCGCUGUUGGCGGAAGCACCGAAAAUAACAAUUUAAAUCGUUCGUUGCCGUAUCAAGACCCCAAAUCGACGUCAAAAUUGUUCGAAGCUCUGAAGGAAAACGUUUAUCAUGAAGUAACAAACUUAAUUUCUGCAAAUGAAUCACGUCCUCAUUUCCUAAUUCAACUUUUCCGCGAGUUACAAUUGAUUUCGUCGGAUCCCCUGCGUCAAAGAACCAUCCAAUCGAUACAAGAGCUGUAUAAUCGAUAUGUUGAAUCGACAAUAAUUCAAGAGGAAAACAGUUCAAACAGCAAUGUGCAGCUUCAGCAACAGCAACGAGGCGUUUCUCCGCGUCGAAAUUCCGAAUUUGACUUCAAUGCGCAGUACGGCACCCCUCAAGUAGUCCGAAUUAAGCCAAUUAACAGUCCAAAUCCGGAAGCAACGCGUGUUGCCAUGCAAAAUAACGCAAAUUCCUAUGAACUGCAACCCAUGUCGCAAAGUACUCCGCAGUCAGGGACGUCACGCCAACAAGUAAUUCCUCCCCCGGGGUCUUCAGCACAAAUUGAGGAGCAUCAAGGAGCCAGCGCUUCACCCGAUGCGGGAUUUAUUAACUCCAUCAUGAACGAAAUAAUUAGUGCGGUGCAUGCCGUUGACUACAUAAACGACUCCAUCUUGCAAAAAGUCACAAAUAUCGUUUUUAAUCACGUGUCGGACAACACGGCGCAGGUAUCGCGUCUCAUAAUCAACAACGACGACUUUGUACGGCAACUAAAUCACUGGAAUCGCACCGACAAAGACGAGUUCAUCACAAAUUUGGAGAAUUAUUUGAACAAUAUUCUCGUCGAAUGUUCGAAUGUGGCAGCGGGAAAUAUUACGGGCAGCACAACAAAUCAAUCUACCUUCAAUUCGACGCUGGAAAUGGAUUUAACGAACAACAUGAGUGACACAAGCCCGUCGAAUAAUGCCACGAACGGCGCCGGAUACAGCGGUUUUGCGAUUUUCGUUGACGGAGAUCUCGCCGAAGCCGAUCAGGUAUGCAGCAACGAUGAAAACAUGGAAAUCGAAAUAGGGAAUGUGCGACAUGCGAUUGACGAGAUGGGAGCGACGGGCGGCGGAAAUAAUGCAGGAGCAGCUAUUCAUUCCUUUGGCGGCGGCAUCGAGGAGCCUAAUUCGGAAAUAAUUGAAGAUUCUGAAUCUGGAUUAUGGGAUCCAUCGUCACCUGGCAUAAAUAAUCACCCAGCAACUACAGAUGACUCCAUGAACCAUAAUCCAAACACAAGUAACAACAGCCAGAUGUGAAAUACUUAAAUUAUUCAUUAAAUUUAUUCAUUUAAACUUUGUGUCCAACAAUCCCAUUUAUCUCAUUCAUUCAUUUUUUUUUGUACAACACACACACAGACAUUUCACUCUUUUACAUUUAUCAUCGUCAUACAUAUUUAUUAAAACUACAACAAAUUGUUUUUCGUCUGUACGCACUUAAUCGAAAUUUUAAUCCAAUAUUUAAAUAAUUGUAGAGCAAAAAAUUCGUAGGGCGGCAGAAAGAAAAUUCACAAACAAAAAAAAACUUGCAUAUAUUUAUUUAUUUUUGUUUCCAGCUAAUAUACAAUACAUGAUAUAUAUUUAAAUGUAGAAUGUAGAUGCGCGCGAUAUAAAAGGAUUCGUUAUUAUUUUUACUACACAUAUGUUAUAGUAAUAAAUAUAAAAAAAAUAUUAAAGAAUACUCGUUUCUAUUUUAAAAAUGUAAUAAAAAUAAAAAUUGAUCAAUAAAAUUGAUGUUAAAAAUU